AUGCAAGGGUCGAUCCUCGGCUGGGUGAACCACCAGCGCAAGCCCAUCGACGGCCGGGACCCGCAUGCAGCGAUGAAGAAGACCCCGGCGUCCUCUCCGUGGAAGGAAGCGCCGAAGGCCAAGCGCUUGAAGCGCAUGGAGCCGGUCCCGCCCAUGGCCGACGACGACAGCGCGACAGACCUUGAAGACGCCGUCCGCGCGCUGCCGUCGACGCCGCCCAUGGCCAUGUUCGAGACGCUCCUCGAGCCGCGAAAGAUGAUCAAGGACAGCGUGCACGGCUGCAUCUACCUCGAGCCACUUUGCAUGGCGAUCAUCGACACCAUGCAGUUUCAGCGCCUCCGUCAUCUCAAGCAGCUCGGUGCGUCGUCGCACGUCUACAUGAGCGCGACGCAUUCGCGCUUUGAGCACUCGAUCGGCGUCGCGUUCCUUGCCGAGAAGAUGCUGCGGCGGCUUUGCGACGUGCAGCCAUGGCUCCCGAUCUCGCCCACGGAUGUUCUCUGCGUCAAGAUUGCUGGCUUGUGUCACGACCUCGGGCACGGGCCAUUCAGCCACGUGUACGAUGGUAUCUUCAUGGAGCAGCUUCGCGAGCGCGGCGAGAUGCUGCCGUCCAUGGAUGGAUGGACGCACGAACAGGGCUCGCUCGACUUGCUUGACCACCUUCUCUACAGCAAUCGCAUCGACUUGUCGGAGCAUGGGCUUACGGACAUCGACUAUGUCUUUAUUCGCGAGCUCAUUCUCGGCCGGCCGCUCUCGGGCGAUACGUAUCAAGGCCGCCCCGACGCCAUGUUCUUGUACCAGGUCGUCAACAACUCUGUGACGGGCCUCGACGUCGACAAGCUCGACUACUUUAUGCGCGAUGCGCUGUACACGGGCGCCAAGAGUAGCUGCGACACGCACCUCCUUCUCUCCGCCGUCCGCGUGCUUCCCGACCGAACGACGGGCGACCUGUCAAUGUGCUGGCCGGAAAAGCUUGCAGAGCAGCUCUUGAAGGUCUUUCGAACGCGCUUUGAGCUGCACCAAGCCGUGUACCAACACAAGGUCUCACGUGCUGUGGAAUACAUGAUUUGCGACGCCUUGCUGGAAGCGGACGCGCUCUUCAAGAUGAAGGGCACACGCAUCUCACGGGCACCGCUCGAUAUGGACGCCUACCAACUGCUCGACGAUCGUAUUUUGAGCCACAUUGAGUGCAGCACAGACCCGCGCCUCGCCAAGUCGCAAGCUAUCUUGCGUCGCAUUUCCGAGAAGCCGCUGUACAAGUGCAUUGGGAAAACCCAGAUCACGACGCACUCGCAAACCAAGUCGAUUCCGGAGCUCAAGCACGAGAUUGCAGCCAUGGUGUCACCGCCCUUGGAUGUUGCGCAGCUCAUUCUCGAGCGCAACAAGGUGCACUAUGGCCAAAAGGAGAAGGACCCGCUGUGCAACAUGCGAUUCUUCAAGAAGGCGGCUACGGGCGGCGCAACUUGCUACCAAUUGGCACCAGCGCUUUACGAAAUGCACUGCCCCAAGCACUUUCUCGAGUGCAACUUACGCCUCUUUGUGCGCGAUGCAUCCCUGGCCCCGACCUCGCGCGUGGCUCUUGCCAAGUGGAGUGAAGAGCGCAACCACUCGAGCUUGCAUCCGCAGGAAUCUUAA